AUUUCAUUGGUUGGUCGACGUCUGGAACACCUUGAACAGUUAGGUGAAGUGAUGGUAUUAAGCUCAUAAAACUAAUUACAUUAUGAACUAACAUGGACCACCUGAUUUAUUCUACUAACGCCUAAAAUCAAAAGCUGGUAAUUUUAAGAGGUUAUUAUAAAUCGGAACGUUACUGUUGGGGCUACUUCCGUGAAGUCCUUCCAUGAGUUUUCUUUUUGGAACCAGAAAAACACCUGAAGAACAGCUAAGAGAUAGCAAACGAACUAUUGCAAGAACACUUAGAGAGAUAGAUAGAGAAAAAACUCAGUUGGAGAGGGAGCGCGUUCGAAUAACAAAUGAAAUUCGUGCGUUGGCAAAGCGUGGUCAGAUUGAUGCCGUCAAGGUAAUGGCGAAGCAGUUAGUUCGAACAGAGAGUUACAUCAAAAAGUUUUCCUUGAUGCACUCAAAUAUUACAGCGUUAUCAAUGAAAAUUCAGACUUUAAAAUCAACCGCCACGAUGGCUUCAGCUAUGAAACAGGUUGCGCUAACGAUGAGAAAAAUGAAUUCAACUAUGCAAUUACCUCAAUUCCAAAAGAUUAUGAUGGAGUUCGAAAAACAAACCGAAACGAUGGAAAUGAAACAAGAUAUGAUGUCAGAUGUAAUAGAUGAUGCUAUUGGAGAUCAGGAUGACAUUGAAGACUCCGAAACUGUUGUGAAUAAGGUUAGUGUCGGUUUUUAUUCGUAGACUAUUCACACACUCCGAUUCGAGUUGACAUUUCUGAAAGGUCGAAUUCCAGCAAGUGCUAAACAGUUCGUAAAUAAUUUUACCAAGAUAACAGAAUAUGAUACUGUGCAGCAUCUGACCUCAGAAGAAAACUUGAAAAUCAACUAACUCAGUAAUCUCGCCAGUAAUGAUGAAUGAUCAAUAUAUGUACAUCAAGAUUAUUAUUGUGAUAAAAGAUGAGCUUUAUUCCUAAGUAUAGCCGAAACUCGAGAUCAUGGUGGUGACUUCCACCGGUUAUAUGUUCCGUUAUUUUCCCGAUUAUAUAUGAUUUGUUACGAAAGUAUUCAUAUGGUUCGAAGUACUGUCAACAUUUAGCACUCUGAAAUGUAAAAUCAGCUGCUAACAUCUCAGUUUAUGUAGUUCGAUAAAUAAGUUCUUUUAAGUUCCAAGAGUACUUGUUCCAACGUAGUUUAGGAUUUAUAUUUCACAAUAUCUUGAAUUUUGACAUAUUAAAAGGUUUCCUAUUUCUCUUAGACUAUAAAUUUGUCACAAGCAUUUUCAUCAUGUUCCCUGGACUUCAUAUAACGAAUACCAUUAGGGUCUAGUUCGCAAUAUUAUUUUUCUAGUUUUUGAAUAAACUUAUGUUUGAAAACCCUAGGUUUUAGAAGAACUUGGCAUCGAUCUUAAUGCACAGUUGAGUAAUCUCCCAACAGCUAAGGAUACUAUUGGAAGUACAGUUUCAAGUGCAGUCCGACCCCAUGCAGUCGCUACUGAUCCUACUCCAGUAGCGGGACCUGGGCCUAAUUCUGAUUCGGUUGAUCCUAUUGAUGAAAAUAAUUUGGAAGCUCGUUUAGAACGUCUCAAAAGAAAGUAAAACCUUAAUUCACUUGUGCGUGCACGUCGAUUUUCAGUUCUAACAUCUAUACCACCCCAUGUUUAUAUAAACAUAUAUCACAAUCCAGCAUAAUAAUGCUUUAAACUUAACUAUCAUAUGGAUAAUAUUUUUGGACUUUUUGCUUCCUUAUGCUACCAAACUAUUGAGAAUAAUUUUUUAUAAAGAAACUGUUUGAUGUUCUAUAAUGCAAAUCUCUAAGUUUACAAUCUUAAAGUAUUCUUAAUAAAAGAUUUUUGUUACU